CAGUGGUGUCUGCUGUGGUAGUUUUUGAUCUCUUGUUCUGUCUUCGGGGUUCUCUCUGGAGACGUUGUUGCUCUGUGUGUCAGUGCUACUUUCUCUGAGUGUCUUUUUGGUGUUCCGUCUGUUUGUGUCUUCUUGUCAGUGCUUCCCCUCUUUUGUACUCAACUACUUUUUAGUAAUUGUGUGUCCUUGUGUCUCUGAAGUGUCUUUGCAUCUUCUCUGGUCAUGCUGUGUCUCUGUGAUGCGGUUGUCUCUAUAGUUACGUUGUCUCUUAAUCUCCGUUGGGUGUUUUGGGGUUAUUGUGUCUUCUUGUUUUGGACCUAUUGGUAGUUAUUUUGUGUCUCUUGCUUUGUUUGUUCCUCACAGAUAUCUGACGUAGAAGUCACAUCUGUGGUGGUGUGGGGUCUGUCUAAAUGUUGUUGUGUCUUUGUUGGGGUGUUUUAUGUCAGUGUGUGGUCUGGCUGGAGUCAGUGUGAAGCUGCUUUUUGUCCUUUGUCAAAUGCAGGGAGUGUGUGUGCUCUUCAUCCCGAAGAUCGGCAUCACCCUCUUCAUCGUUUUCUACACCUUUGGAAACAUCUGUACUCUGGGCAGCACCAUGUUUCUGAUGGGUCCGAUGAGGCAGCUGAAGAAGAUGUGUGAUAAAACCAGAGCGCUGGCCACCACCAUCAUGAUCACGUGCCUGGUGUUGACUCUCUGUGCCGCUUUCUGGUGGAAGAACUUCGGUCUCGCUCUGUUAUUCGUCAUCCUGCAAAUCCUGUCGUUCGCCUGGUACAGUCUGUCCUACAUCCCGUUUGUCAGGGAGGCCAUCCUGAAGCUGGUGUCGGUGUGUUUGAAGUGAGGCUGUUCCUGGCGAGGGGCUGAUCAGACAGAGGCCGGUCUCUGACUGAAGACCCUCCUCCUGAUUGUUUCUCCACACCUGUCUCUUAAUACUUUCCUCCUCAUUCUCUGAGAUGAUUAGUGUUUGGUACGUAUUGAUUACUCUACCAAUCUUAACGACUGUCGGCUUGAUUUGUAAGAUGUGUAAAUAUUUAUAAUGAAUAAACCGUUUAAAUGUUUUUGUAAUAAA